AGACCAGCACCAGAGCAGAGCAGCAGACACAUCACCUUCGAGCUGCUGCUACGUGUAAAAGUACAGUUUACAACAUUUAGACAGUUUGAUCAGUUUAAAACUAUAAAAUGUUCAUAUUUAUUUCCAUGUAUUGCUAGUUUUUCAACAGUUUUUCAAAAGGAAAAAAAAGGUUGUGAACUUAACUGCGGAUUUAAAGGAAUGCAGUGUUUGGGAAAUUCCACCGAGUGUCUCCGGGAUCAGAUGCAGUCCAUGAUGAGGUCCUGGCAGGACUUGAAGCAGACGAGAAGGCCGAGGCCACUGAGCGAACCGUGUGUUCGUUCCUUCGCCGUAACCAGGCUCUGCAAACAGAGGACACAGCAGGAGCGGCUCACCCGUCUCCGAGCUUCUGAUGCCAGUGAAGCCAGCACGUAUGACUCUGCCUGCUGUCUGGCUCACCCGCUUGAAGAGGAGGAGGAGGAGGAACAGGAGCAUGAACGUCUGACACGGGGCUCUCCCAGCAGUGAGAAGAGCGUGGACUUGGACUCGGGCUUCUCUGAAGCUUCCUAUCACGAUGAAGGUGUUGUGCUGAGAAGAUCCAGAAACGUGAGAGUCUCCUCCUCUGCUUGUGUCCGCAUGAAUCGCAUCCGACCCAAAUCGACGUCCGACGUCUGCCUGGAGCGCUGGACUUCUUUUGAAGCAGGUGAUGUGGAUGACUGGACGACGUCCCUACUGAGCCGCGGCAGAAACAGACAGCCUCUGGUUCUGAGGGACAACAGUUUUGCUGACCUUAUAAAGAACUGGAUGGACCUUCCAGACUGCCUUGAGCCAGCAGAGCUGAAGCCCAGCGGAGGCCGGCGACUGGCAAAAGACAUUUUGGGAAACAUGCGGCGGAGGCUGGCGGGGGUGUCUAAAGGCGUGGAGCUGGAGCCCAAACGGCUCAGCAGAGCUGCUGAAGCCCCCCAGAGGAGGUCGUGUCCUGUACGCGUCGAGGCUUUGAAGCCAUUCUUCCAUCAGUCCCACACAGGAAUACAUCAGCUGGACUCAGAUUUCUACAAGUUCACAGCUCUGAUGAAGACGGGCAGCCGGCAGCCAAUCAUAUGCAACGACAUCAUCGGAUAUAUUUGACCAGAACGGCACAAAAACUCUAACAAGAAUAUUCCAUCAGCAUAAAUAAAACAUUUUGCUUCAUGAAAAUCCAGAAUAUUGUUCAAAAUGUACAUUUUCAUACCUGAAUUAAAUGUUUUCAUUCACAAAUAUUAAAGUAGCUUCUUAGUUUAA